UACGAGAUUGGGUAUUGAUAUCACGCGAGAUGUGUCGUUAUUGAUAAUUUACAACUGUGUUAAGGCUAAAAUACAGGGUAUGCAAGACUAUACACUAAACUAAUGAAUUACAAUGAAACAAACAAAAUCGAAAGAUGAUAACACAUCUGUUGAGAAGCCAAGAAGAAAAAGUAGUCGAAGUUCUGAUAGCACUACCAAAACUGUAAAAAUGGAUGAAAUAAAAAAUUUAAGUGAAGAAACAAAAGCAGCUGUUGUAAAGAAACCAACUGAAGUUGAAGACAAGAAAGUUCUUCUUUAUGAAGAAGAAUUGGCUAUGUCAAGAGAUUCGGCUUCAGACUUAGAAGAAUUCUGUACCACCUGCUCCAACAUCGAAGGAUUUAUAUCAGAAAUAAACAACUUAAAGAAGAAAGACAAUGAGUCUGACAAUGUGAAGGAGGAGAUUUUGGAAAAAAGACUUAAUGCUAUUGUGCUUACAACAAAUUUAAAAAAACUUAAUCGAUUGGCACAAAUUCGAGGAAAAAAAGCAAAGGAAAACACAAAUGAGGUUAAAAGCAAAGUGGAUGGUUUGCAUUUAGAAUUGCAAAAUCUCCUUUAUGAAGUCAUGCACAUGAAGAAAGAAAUACAGCAAUGCAUGAAUUUUUCAUCUAAGGAUGAAGAUAUUGACUUAAUUGAUGUAGAGAAAUUUUAUACUGAAGCUUCAAAGGAGAUUUCCAAACCGGAAAUUACCAAAACAGAUUCACAUCAGCAGAUGUUGGCAAGACUAGAUUUUGAGCUAAAACGUAGAAAAGAUUUGGCCAUCCAGAAAAAUAAGUUUUUAGAAGAAAAGAAGUUUGUUGAGGCUGAAAUCAAUAAAAAAUCAGAUUAUUUAACAAAUUUAAAACCAAGACUUGAUCAGAUUAUCAAGGCUACGAUGCCUGUUCAAGAAUAUAUGGGUAUGCCUAUUGAAGCCGAACGGUUAUUAUUUGAAAGAGCACAAUAUUUACCUAGACCUCUGUACGUUUUGUACAUUCAAGCUAAAGCAUACAAAGAUGUUUGUGAUAAGCAGCUCUCUGUGGAUAUCGAGGGGGAUUUACAAGUUGCUAAAACGGAAUUUCUGGAAGAUAAAAUGCAACCAGUAGAUAGUGAUGAUUCUGAAACUGAAGGAAAUAACGAUGGUGGAGAUUCUGAUGGAAAAAGGGACAGAAGGAAAGUGAAAAGUGAAAAAGGGAAGUCGCAAUCAGAAGCUCAACGAAAACAAUUACUUAAAAAGCAUCCUCUGACUGUUCACAUUAAACUGAAGUGUAAAGGUAAAUACGAAAUAGGGUUAAAGUUUCGUCACUUUCGCACCUUGUGUAUAAACACAGUUAAAAUCAAGCUCAUUCUGUCAGAUGAAGCAAAGACAACAGAAAACAGUUCACUUUUAUCGACUGAUGCUUUGUUACGAGACCUACUAUCUGCUGACAUGGGAAAGGAAUCACCAAACCCAGCCAACAAGUACCAGUUGGAGAAACUAGGCAUGGGACCAAUGUCUUCACAUGUAGCGUCUGUUGGUUAUCCUUUUUACUGGGUUCAGUGGAUAUGUGGAAUGAACUACCUACCAAAUGAAGCUAUCCACAGCUACGUGCCAGAUUCUGCUGUAAAUGUGAAACACUUUCAGUCAGUAAUCAAUGCUAUUAGGGCUCGGAUCGAGGCUCGUUUAUCUUUACAAAAACAGUUAUCCCAACUAGAACAAUUGAUAAUUCCAUCUUAUGCUGACAAACAAACAGCUGGCUCUCAAAAAGUUGUGUGUACUUUAUCCAGUUGGAAAAUGAUUUACUUUGAAGAUGUCUUGAAAUUUACAUCAGCAUCAGAUUUGCUUGAUUGUGGUUUGAUAUCAGAAGAUUGUACUUUUUAUGCAGCAAAAUUGGCAAGGGAAGAAACAUUGAAUGUUGCUGUUGCAAUACAUUCUAAUUACCCGCUCCAAACUCCUUUAUUUUUGUUGUCGUUUGGUAGUGAAAAGUCUGAUGUGAACUCAGUGGUUGAUUUAAUGUGUUUAGAACGAGAGAUAAAUGCUUACGGUGAAGACAUUUGUGCUGAAACAUCUAAUAAAAACAUGAUGCUUUCGAUUUUAUUAAAGAAAUUACAGAUAUGUUAUGAUAUGUUUAUUGAGACUGGACCAAACCAAUCUACUAAAGAGAAAUUAUACACAAGAAAAACAAGAGGCCGUGAUCGUAACAGACCAUAUGUUUAUCACCAUGAUGGCUAUUUUACACACCGCUGAUAUUGUAUGGAUUGAGAAGAAUAAACAAGAAAGACUGAUUAUUAUAGAAAUCUUUUUUUCCUUGAAUUUAUUAAAACUCAAACUAA